AUGCGCGCUGCUCCACCUUUGCUUCUUGUCGAGGCGCAGUCAACUCUCAAAGCUCCCGCACUCUCCACCAAGGCCGCUGCGAUGGCUUCGGGAUCGUCGUCGUCGAGCGCCAAUGCGGGUCCGAGCGACGCCAGGAAGCUGGCCAUCACAUCGCAGCUCAUGUCGGGAUUCAAGCCGGCCAAGGUGUUUACGCAGUACACGGGCAAGGGCACUUCGAUCACCUCGGCCUCUUUCGACGACACGGGCGCAUUCUGCGUGACGACGGGCCAAGACGAUCAGAUGCAUCUGUACGACGUCCGGACGGGCACGCACAAGUCGACGUGCGCCUCGUUCAAGUACGGCACGCACCUGGCGCGCUUCACGCACGACGCGCACACGGUCAUCUAUGCCUCGACCAAGGAGAACAACGCGAUCCGCAUGUACAGCUUCAAGACCAAGGCGUAUACGCGCUACUAUCACGGCCACGAGAAGCCGGUGGUGUCGCUGCAGAUGAGUCCGCAGAGCGACACGUUUCUGUCGGCGAGUGUGGACGAGGCGGUGCGGCUGUGGGAUCUGCGCUCACCCAAGCACGUCGGGCACAUGAACGUGCGCGGGCAUCCCGUCGUCGCCUACGAUCCGUCCGGCAGGGUGUUUGCCGUGGCGAUCAACGAGCGUGCGGCGGUGCUGCUGUACGACGUGCGCAAGUUUGACCAGAAUCCGUUCGAGGUGAUCCAUCUGGACGACUCGGCGGCGCUGUCCAAGGUGUCGAUGCCGCCGCGCGUGCCCGUCAUCACGUCGCUCACGUUCAGCAACGACAGCCAGUACCUGCUGCUGGGCACCUCGAGCGACGUCCACUAUGUUGUCGAUACGCUGCCCGAGUCGGGCCAAGAGGCCGGCGUCGUGGCGAGGCUGGUGGGGCACGAGGGACUCGAACGCGCCUCGGGCACCGCCAUGGGCAUGGUCGCCGAGGCAGGCAUCAGUGGGCACGAGGUGUGCUGGAGCCCGGACGGCAAGUGGGUGCUCUCCGGCUCGGCAGAUGGCUCGGUGGUCUUUUGGCACAUCGACCUGGACGAGGCGCGGCGCAACGAGUUCCGCAACCUGCGCCCGCGCUUCAAGCAGUCCGGCCACGACGGCACAAGUCGCGUGCUCGCCUUCAAUCCACGAUUCGCGCAGUUCAUGAGCGCCGGAGCGGAAGUUGCGUUCUGGCUGCCCGAACUGCCAGAAGAAGUGUAG